AUGGGUCUCCGUACCCCCUUGCAGCCCGAUCUCCCCUCAUCCUCCUUGCAGCCCCUCCCAGUAGUUCCAUCUCAAGACGCUUCAGGGAAAGAACUUUCCUUCCAAUAUACCCCAUCCCCCUUGCAGCCCUGCCCAGAAACAGAAUCAACAGAACUUCACCUGGCCGUUAGAAGAGAGAGGCGUAUCUGUGGGCCCCCCAUCAGGCUCACAUAUAGUAGAAAACGCAAAAGGGGAAGACAAGGACAACCAAACAAAAAACUCCUCAUUUUGGAUUUGAAUGGAGUUCUUUUGGCACCCGGUGGCUCGAAUCGUCCACCUUACAAAUUUCGACCACACUGCUUUCAGUUUUUAGAAUUAUGCCUUUCAAAAUUUUUUGUGGCCAUUUGGUCAUCGAAAAUGAGCAAACAUGUGGAUCCAGUAUUGAAAGAAAUGUCCAAGAAAAUGGGAAAGCAGUUACCUGAAGAACUGAAGUUCGUUUGGGGUCAAGAUAAAUGCGAAAUGACAAGUUCCUUCCUUAAGGAUAAUCCACAAAAACCAGUCAUGUUUAAGAAAUUGGAGAAGGUUUGGCGAGAAUUUGAAUCGUAUGACACCACGAACACAGUCUUAGUCGAUGACUCACCUUACAAAUCAAUUCUUAACCCACCCCACAAUGCCAUAUUCCCCAAAACCUACGAUGGAUCAGUUCAUGACAAUUAUUUGGAUCUUAAAGGGGAAUUUGUAAACUAUUUGACAAAAUUAGCUGAUGUCGAUGAUGCUCAAAGCUAUAUCAGACAAAAUCAUAUUGGCUAUGAAAACAUAAAACAGGGCAUCGAGGAGUGGAACUACUACACUGCUAUCGCUUUCGUUUAG